AUGACCGCCGUGAAAGAUGGACUGAGGAGGGAGGUGAUUGCGGUGUAUAAGGAGCUUUUAAACCUAGGAAAGGACUAUCCCCUUGGCUACAGCUACUUUAGGCCCAAGCUGCACAAGGCAUUCUCUAGUCAGGCUGGGUUGACGGACGAGGCAGAGAUUCGAAAGGCACUUGACAGGGCAUAUUUUGUGCAAAAAGAGAUCGAAGCAUUAUACUAUCUGAAGAAGUACAGAUCACUGCGUCAAAGCUAUUAUAAGCCGUGA